CGGUUUCCAGCCCAGAGCUAAGGCGUCUACUCUCUCUCUCUCUCGCUCUAGACUCUUCUCUUUCCAGGCAGAGAGAUAAAUUUAAGGCUUUCUCAUCUGCUCCUUGGAUACUUUUCUUCUUCGAUUCAAUAGACCAAAACUUUUUCUUUGUGAAAACUUUCUCAUGCACCGGUAGCCCAAGCAAUUUAUCUUUUCCAGAGAAGACCCUUUUGGUCUUCUUGGGAUUUUCCUGUUAUAGUCUACUGAAGUUGGUUUUGGCGAUCAGGAUUUAGGGACAGGGAUAUGAAGGGCGAAGAUCAAUCGAGGUCUCUGUUCGGGAUUUCGCUCUCUGAUCGACCUAAAUGGCAGCAAUUCCUUAUUUGUUCUUCUGGGUUCUUCUUUGGUUAUCUCGUUAAUGGCAUUUGCGAGGAAUAUGUGUAUAAUAGGCUUCAGUUCAGCUAUGGCUGGUAUUUCACUUUUGUGCAAGGAUUUGUGUAUCUGGUGCUCAUAUACUUUCAGGGUUUCACCACUAAGCAAAUGGUGAACCCGUGGAAAACUUAUGUGAAACUCUCUGCUGUUCUUAUGGGUUCUCAUGGAUUGACCAAAGGUUCCUUGGCCUUCCUUAACUAUCCAGCCCAAAUCAUGUUCAAAUCAACCAAGGUACUUCCAGUCAUGGUAAUGGGUGCCUUCAUUCCGGGCUUGAGAAGGAAAUAUUCAUUUCACGAAUACAUCUCUGCUCUGCUUCUAGUUAUUGGUCUGAUCCUUUUCACCUUAGCAGAUGCCCAAACUUCUCCAAAUUUUAGUGUAAUUGGCAUUCUAAUGAUCUGUGGUGCAUUAAUUAUGGAUUCUUUAAUGGGGAACUUGCAAGAAGCAAUUUUUACUAUGAAUCCGGACACAAAACAGAUUGAGGUGCUAUUCUGCUCAACGCUAGUAGGAUUACCCUUCUUGCUUCCACCAAUGAUAUUGACAGGAGAGCUGUUUAAGGCUUGGAAUUCUUGUUCUCAACAUCCUUAUGUGUAUGGAGUGCUAGUAUUUGAAGCAAUGGCCACAUUCAUUGGGCAAUUGUCUGUUUUAUCCCUUGUUGCCAUUUUUGGUGCAGCUACAACUGCCAUGAUAACAACAGCUAGAAAGGCAGUCACAUUAUUACUGUCAUAUAUGAUAUUUACGAAGCCAUUAACAGACCAGCAUGGAACAGGGCUACUGCUCAUAGCCAUGGGAAUAAUAUUGAAGAUGUUGCUAGAUAAUGAUGCUCCCAAAAAGCAGGGGAAGUCUCAAUUGAAAGAAGAGAAAAGACUCGUUGAUAAUGAUGGAGAGGGUGAAGGAGAUGAAGAGAAUAGGCCCUUAGUGUGAAGAAUGAAGAUGAAGCUCAUAAUUUAUUUGUUCUUUUUCUCAUGUUUUCCUUCAUUUUUUUUCCCUUUUUUUCUGCUUUUAAUUUACACAUUAGUUUUAAGGGAUAGUCAGAUAAUAGAAGUUGGCCAAAGACAGUAGUGAUGUAAAUUUGCCGUGGUGAAAAUGACUUGAAGAAUUCAUCACUUCUCAAGCUA